GAACCAAUUGAACACUAAUCAUUAAAAACCUUCCAUCCGCAAAAAUGAAGUUCUUUGUUCUGUUAUUAACAACUUUAUUAUUCUUAAAUUUUGUUCCAAAUAAUACAAAUGCGUUUAAAAUAAAGCACAUUAUACCUAUUAUACCUACUGAAACAAGUGCUGAAACUUCUGAUGAUCCUACUACAUGGAAGCCUACUAAAACUUCUGAUGAUUAUACUACUUCAUGGGAGCCUACUGAAAGCUCUAUGAGACCUACUGAAACCACUUGGUGGCCUACUACCAGCUCAUGGUGGCCUACUUGGACCACAUGGUGGCCUAAUUCUACUACAAAUGAACCUACUGGAACCCCACCCGCAGGAAGAAGAGUGAUUGAAAUUAUUAAGGAAGAAAAGGAAGAAAAGCACGAAAAAAUUAUUAUAAACUAUUAG